CCCGUAUUCCCGGAGCCGCUCCGCGUUCCCACCACCCACCCCCUGACGUCUGGAUGCACCAGGGAGCUGUGCCGGGUUUGAUGGUUAGCGGCGGGAUUUAGAUGUAAAUCUUGUAAAAUUCCAUUUUAUGCAGACACACAAAUCGGCUCCGGCUCAAAGGCUCUGGGGGAGCUGCAGCUGCGGAGGUACCUGCUCCGAGGAUCUUCCUGCAGGCAGAGCACCUCUCCAGCCGGGCACAGGGAGGGCUGGAUGGGCAGAUAGGGAUCCCAUCCAGAAACACAGCCCCGUCCCUGUGCGGCGGGAGUGACGCAGAGCACAGCCCUGCUCCUGCAGUGACCCCUUGCAGGGAGCUUGCAACCCGCUGAGAGCAUCGCUGUUUCUUCUGCUUUGGUGGGAUGGAUGAGCCAGGCCUUUUGCCACGGGGACGGGCUCCCUCCUGCCUGUAACGUGGACAGGGAGCUGGGUCCCUGUUUUCACCCCGGGAAUACCAUCUCUCACAUCCACGGAGCGCAGGAGGGAAGCGAGAGCGGAGUUUCUGCAGCGUCAGAAAACUUUGAUUCAUCUGCGAAGGUGGUGAAUGAAGGAGGGAUGUGACCUGGAAAGGAUCAACAGGAAAAUGGGGAUGUUUCUCCAGCUUGGAAAAGGCUUGCUUUUCCCCCCCUCGCCGUCUCAGGAUCACUGGAAGGGAUUAUACAAAUGAGAGCAGGAAACUGCAGUCAGGGCUUUGCCAGAAAUAGAUGAUUUUGUCUUUUUCUUCUUGAUGGCAGUGAAGAAAUAUGGGAGUCCGUAGAGGCUGCUCCACAGGCACCCUCACGUUCUGAUUGCCAGGUCAUUUGCGCUCGUUCCUAAAGUGCCAUCCACCCUGCGAUGGGAAUUGACAUGUAACCACAAAGAAUAAACUCCUGGGAACAGCUCCGUGCCACUGGUGGAACUUCGGAAGGAAGUUUGGGAUCGGUGGGAAAUGUGCUGACUCCUUUCGGGCGAGCGGAAGAGGAGCAGCAUCGUGGAAGAUGUUGAAUGUGAAUUUUUUACCUAACCGCCGUCACUCGUGGAUUUGCUUCGACGUGGAGAAUGGCCCGUCCCCAGGGCGCAGCCCGCUGGACCCGCAGGCCAGCUCCUCCUCAGGGCUCGUACUGCACACCACCUUCCCGGGCCACAGCCAGCGCCGGGAGUCCUUCCUCUACAGAUCCGACAGCGACUAUGACUUGUCACCAAAGACCAUGUCCAGGAACUCCUCUCUGCCAAGCGAGCAGCAUGGGGACGACCUGAUCGUCACACCUUUCGCCCAGGUGCUGGCCAGCCUACGAAGCGUGAGGAACAACUUCACGCUCCUUACCAACCUCCACGGCACCUCCAACAAGAGAUCUCCAGCAACAAGUCAGCCUCCUGUGUCCAGAGUUAACCUGCAAGAGGAGCCCUACCAGAAGCUGGCCAUGGAGACGCUGGAGGAGCUCGACUGGUGCCUGGAUCAGCUGGAGACCAUCCAGACCUACCGCUCCGUCAGUGAGAUGGCAUCCAACAAGUUCAAGAGGAUGCUGAACCGGGAGCUGACACACCUUUCCGAGAUGAGCCGCUCCGGUAACCAGGUGUCCGAGUACAUUUCCAACACUUUCCUGGACAAGCAGAAUGAUGUGGAGAUUCCUUCUCCCACCCAGAAAGACAGAGAGAAGAAGAAAAAACAGCAGCUCAUGACACAGAUCAGUGGAGUGAAAAAAUUGAUGCAUAGUUCAAGCUUAAAUAACACCAGCAUCUCAAGAUUUGGUGUGAAGACAGAAAAGGAAGACCAUCUGGCCAAGGAACUGGAGGAUCUGAAUAAGUGGGGUCUCAACAUCUUCAAUGUGGCCAGGUAUUCCCACAACCGGCCGCUCACCUGCAUUAUGUACGCGAUAUUUCAGGAGCGAGAUCUACUGAAAACAUUCAAGAUCUCAUCAGACACUUUCGUGACGUACAUGAUGACACUAGAAGACCACUACCACUCAGAUGUGGCUUACCACAACAGCCUCCACGCUGCUGAUGUUGCCCAGUCCACUCACGUUCUGCUCUCUACCCCCGCACUGGAUGCUGUCUUCACUGAUUUGGAAAUCCUUGCUGCAAUCUUUGCAGCUGCAAUUCAUGAUGUGGAUCACCCCGGGGUCUCCAAUCAAUUUCUCAUUAACACAAAUUCUGAGCUGGCCCUGAUGUACAACGAUGAAUCUGUCUUGGAGAACCACCAUCUUGCCGUGGGUUUCAAACUGCUUCAAGAGGAGCACUGUGACAUCUUCCAGAACCUGACCAAGAAGCAGCGGCAGACGCUCAGGAAGAUGGUCAUUGACAUGGUGUUGGCCACAGAUAUGUCCAAGCAUAUGAGCCUGUUAGCUGACCUGAAGACUAUGGUGGAAACCAAGAAGGUGACCAGUUCCGGGGUCCUCCUUCUGGACAACUACACAGACAGAAUACAGGUUCUCCGAAAUAUGGUACAUUGUGCAGACUUGAGUAAUCCCACAAAGUCUCUGGAGCUGUACCGGCAAUGGACGGACAGGAUCAUGGAGGAGUUCUUCCAGCAGGGAGACAAAGAGCGAGAGAGAGGGAUGGAAAUCAGCCCAAUGUGCGACAAACACACGGCGUCAGUGGAAAAAUCCCAGGUGGGAUUCAUUGACUACAUCGUCCAUCCGCUCUGGGAGACGUGGGCUGACCUGGUGCAGCCCGAUGCCCAGGACAUCCUGGACACGCUGGAGGACAACAGGAACUGGUACCAGAGCAUGAUACCUCAGAGCCCAUCUCCUCCGUUGGAGGAGCGGGGCAGGGACUGCCAGGGCCUGAUGGAGAAGUUCCAGUUUGAACUGACGCUGGAGGAGGAGGACUCGGAUGGACCGGAGAAGGACGGUGAGAGCAUCGGCUACUUCAGCAAUACAAAGACACUCAGCGUGGCCGAGCCAGGGGAAGAGGAGUCACAGAGGGAGGCAAACAUAGAGAUUGUGACAGAAGACACAUCUCCUGUGGACACAUAAUGUCCUGCGCCCGCGUGAGUGGAUUUGAAACGCUUGAGGAGCAUGCAGCAGUCUCACGGACUUGCCUGCAGCCUGGGUCUGAGGCCUGUGUCUACCACGGGCUGCAAGAUCUCCCCAGCUACUUGAGAUUGGAGUCAGGGUUAAAGAUCGUGUAGUGAAUGAUUGCUCAGGAAAUUAACAGGUGAUUGACGUUGUGGUUUUAAUCCUUGUCAGCUCCCAGCCUCCUGCUGUCCUGGAGCUGGCUCGGGUCGUGACUGAAGAGUAAAUGACACACAACUGAGAGAUUUUAUACUGUUAGCUUUGGAAUUUAUACCAGUUAGACUGAUAGAAACUACUGAUUAAUAACUCUCCAUAUAAAAGCUGUCCACCUGACCACCUGUCUGCA